AAAACACCAGAUAAACACAUUGAACUGAUUAUCUACCAUCAAAAAGCUAAAUUUUGCACUUAUAGUAUAUUCAAAGCGUAUGUUUAGAGCAGAUGCACAAUUCACUCUACUUCCCGACGGGUGUCCUUUCAAACAAUAAGAGAAACUGACCAUGCAUGGAAGAAUGCCUUAUUAAUCGAACCCUAUGAGUCUGAGAAUUUAUAUACUUUUGUGUGUGGACAUUUUUUCCGGGUGGCUACCGAAGAUGUCCGGGUUUAGAUGGAUGUGGUUUUUCGCGAUCAUCUUCAGUAUCAACACACUUGCAUGUGCAAUGCGUAUUACUUCCAAGCCCGAAGACAUCACCAAAUUACUGCAAGGGACGUUAAACUAUAAUGUGAGCUGGUACUGGGACAUUACCCCACCGGCUACGAUAUCUGUUCGUGUGGCUGAUAUUCAAUUCAAGAGUGUUAAGAUUGGGGUAUUGAUGGACGGAUCCCCUCCAACUCCAGUAGUUUUCACCGAUUUUAAAUCUCGGUACAGCAUCAGUACAGCGACGUUCAACCCCAUUACACUGAUCAUCAAGAACGUGCAGCCUCAAGAUGCUGGGGAGUAUGCCAUGCGCUUGUCAGAUGAUUUCGGAGAUGGUACCUUCGAGGCGUCAAAAUUUACCCUGGAUGUAUUGGUUCCCCCUAGUGUCACUCAUGCAAACAUAACGGUCAACAAGACAAACACCGCAGUACUCAUGUGCAGCGCCACAGGGAACCCAACACCUAACGUGACCUGGACCAGGAGCGGAAAAGAGGAUGUUCUGUGGACUGGGGAGACUCUUACCUUCAGAGAUGUCAAGAUAUCGGACGGGGGGUGCUACGUGUGUACCGCUACUAAUAACAUCGGGAGUGGAGCAAGUGGUAUCGUCUGUCUUACCGUGCAAUAUAAACCAGUGCACACAAACAUCACGGGAGUGGAAAGCUACAACGUUCGUCAAUGUGGAGCUGCGAUUUCCUUGACCUGUUCAGCGGUUGGUGAACCACAACUGAUUACCUACCACCUCUACAUGGACAAUCUACUGAUCAGAAAAAACAUUAACGGGAUGUUUCACAAUAUUCUAUUAGAUUCAGUAGGGAUUCAUCUCCUCACCUGUGUUCCGAUUAAUGACGCUGGAGUUGGAGAAAACAGAUCUGUGAGCAUAAACGUGACCGAAAAAUUACCGACAAUUUCUAUAACACCUUCAAGAGCUACAGUAAAUGAGGGGUCAGUGGUUGUGUUUACGUGUUUAGCGAUUGGAUUCCAGAGCUUCAAGAACUUCUGGAAGAAGGAUGGCGUCUUCAGGGGCGAUGGGAGCUCUCUUACGUUAUCAUCUGUCGGGAGGGAUGACAGUGGCAACUAUACCUGUAACGUCACUAGUACAUGUGGGACGACGAUGAAAACGGCCUCACUAGAUGUCAUUUACAAACCAGAAAACACGACCCUUGUGUCCAAUUCCACCCUCGGAUGCGUUGGCGACAUUGUCCUGUUGUCCUGCUCUGCUGACGGCAAACCCUCCGACGUGACGCACUCGCUUGCCUUGGAUGGAGAGCAUCUACACGCGAGUGAGGCUGGUAUUUUUCUAGUUACCCUGGAGAGGCCUGGCUGGAAUAACUUCACUUGCAUUCCUAGCAAUACCGCGGGAAAGGGGGAGGAAGCAGAUAUCAGCAUUUUUGCAUCAGUGCCUCCGUUGGUUGUCAAGUUUCCCUCAAGCGAGGUUACGAUUAUGGAGGGCCAUCCAGCCAAGUUAAUGUGUAACGUCACUGGCUCACCAGUUCCAAACGCGACUUGGUACAAACUAGGCUUUGAAAGAUGGUAUCACAGUGGGCCGAUGCUUGUUCUGUCAAAGAAAAACGACGCAGGCAGCUACAGAUGUAUUGCCACUAAUGAAGCUGUCUGCAAGAACACGUCUACCUCAGAUUGGAUCAAUGUCACUUUCAAAUCCGUCAAGAUUGAGGGCCAGGACUCGGCCAUUGUUGGUCUCGCUGUGGUGGUCGCCAUCUUGGUCUUGGUCAUCAUUGGGCUGAUAGCCUACGUCAUGUGGCUAAAACGAGCAGGAAAAAAGUCAAAAAGAGACAGAACUCUCGAACAUGCUGAUAACACAGGCUUCUCACCUGAGCAAAUACCAAUGCAAGGGACUCCGUUUAACUACCAAGCACAGGAUAAAGCCAUGGAAUACCAGGUAGCUCAGGAUGCCAUGCGUGACAACAUCCCAAACUACGAGGACGUCACGCAAGGGGAAAAUUUCACGCAACACGCCUCGGAGGACACAACACCACGUGGUCAUCAUUCUGAGCAGUGUGCAACCGUAACGCAAGGGGACAAUAUCACGCAAUAUGGAGCCAUGGGUGGGUUUCCGUCACGUGAUUUAGACAUUCUGGCCAAUCAGCAAAAUAAUGCCAUCGUUGGCACGACAAGCAAGGUGGCAACUAACAACGCUUGUCACAAAGGCGAGGCAAGCUAUGAGAACAUAAGAAAACGAGGUUUACCACCAACAGUAUACCAAUCUCUGCAGACAAUAAAACAACAGAGCGAGAAUGCGCAGUACGCCUCGUUGAAUCUUGGGACACGCAUAGCGACCAUGCCUGGUGAUAGGGACGGGAGGGGAGUGGGUUCAUUGAAAAGUGGGAGUGAGUACCAGGAGUUGGACAGAGCUGCCGUCUCGUAUUCGUGUUAUGAGCAGAUUGGCCCGAAUAAAACAACAAGCACGUGACAUAAACAAUAAAUUAUAAUUGAUAGAGAAGUUUGCUUAUCCGAGUGUAUAGAUUAAUGUUAAUGUGAUGCAUGUAUAGAAUGAAUAAAUCCUUAACCGCG